AUGUCUUAUACAACAGAUUCGCACGAGUCUACUGCGCCGCAGGAUUACUAUUCAAGUCUAGAUGAUGAGGGUUCGCUCGUGGAAAAGUUCAAGAAUAUUGAUGAUAAGACGCAGUUUUACACUGCUAUGCGCCGCUUAGAGGAUCCCCUUACUCAGAAUUUUGUGCUUGAUUUCGGGAAUGAAGAGGCAUGGUGUGCAUCUGAUCUGGGCACCGAUGAACUGAAAUUAUUGCUGAGCAAGCCGAGAGACAAGUGUUUCGGUACACGGUGGAUUAAUAUAUGGGCACCAGAGGAGCAGAAGGAAAGCAUAAGGGCAAUUACCAAACAGUAUGGAGUGUCCGAACGACUACAGGGGAUGAUGUGCACAGAGCCAGUGCAUCCCACACCAGAACCUACACCUACACCAAUACCAACCAAAAGGUCUUCACGAGCACCCAGUAUUGCGCCCUCGUUCGUACACGAAGCGGAUGACCCGGAGAAUGCACUCAAGCAUCUCGAUCCAGAGAAAUCCCGCGAGUCGGCGUCAUUCAAGAAUCUCACCUUUUCACAAGUCACAGAUCAAAUCUGGCACUUUUCUUCUGUGGAUCAUGGUCCUCGAUAUACAUGUAUCGGAUAUAAUACGUUGUUUGUGAUUCCCACACUAUCACAACCGAAUGCCCAAGAUCUCCCGGAUGGAAAACGGCUUUGGACCUGGCUGAUCCAGUGUGAUGACGGCACGAUAAUUUCAAUCCAAGAGAACCCGUUCCCAAGACGAAAGGCAGUGCCGAUAGAUGAAGCCAAGCCAGUCCUCGACAUCGUACGUAGGAACAUUCGCUUUAUUUUCGCCGGCGUCUCCAGACAGCAUUUUGCCAUGUCCGAGAGCGAGUCGCUGAUCACAAUCCGGGUGCGACAUUUCAGUGACCUCGGACCGGACCAAGCCAAUAUCAAGCAGGAGGAUGGACCGAGUUUGCUCUUCUACUAUAUCUUCGAUGACUGGGUGUCGAGUUAUGGACUUAUCGCAAAGCGAGAACAUAAAUACGGUGUUGCUUUGGAUAAAUUGAGAAAGGAUAUGCUCGUUCGUCCGGUAGUGGAUUUGGUGGAUGAGUUGCACUGGCUUGGCCGACGACUCGCAGUUCUCAAACGAUUAUAUCAGAGCUAUGAGCUUAUCAUGCGGCGACUCUUGCAACGGCAACGCAUGCUCCGCGAUGAAGCGCGUUCGGUCCAACCAGCCGCUCUCCCGUAUGGAGCCACGUUUGGCGAUAUGGAGUUUGUGGAUAUGCGCCAGUCGAGCGUCGUGAGCAAUACCGGUCAUCAUAACACAACUGAGAAAUCGGUCGGGGUGCCGUUGAGCUCGACGGCUGUGGCGCGUUUCGAACGGUUGGUUGAUCGUAUUAAUUUGUACUGUCUGAGCGAGAUUGAGAAUUGUCUCAAUGAGAAAGAGUCAUUGACAUUCCUGAACUUCAACUUGAUUGCGCUCAAGGACUCGCAAGCUGUUGAGAAGCUCACUCGGAUCACUAUUCUGCUGGCUAAGGCGACCAUCUUGUUCUUGCCGGUUAGCUUGAUGAGUGCAUAUUUCUCGACGGAAUUGAUUGGGGUGAAGAAUGGGUAUACUAAGACGGACUAUUGGGUCAGUUUCGCAGUUAUCUUUGUUGCAUCCAUCUUGCUCUUGACCGUUUUCGGUUAUGCCAGCGAUACCAUGGAAGGUGACGAAGACUACGCCCACCGCCAACGGUCACUUGCCCCCCCCUGGAUCUCUGACCGACAAGUCCACAACACGUUUUCCAACCCCUCCGCUUUUCCCCUUUCACCAUCCCUCGAUAUCUCUCUGACCUAUCCACCCCUCUUAGGAUCCGAGGGUUAUCUCGCUACCGACAAUAUGGGUAUCACUUUCUCGCGGUUGUUUGACCGACUAUGGGGCCGCAAGGAGAUGCGCAUCCUGAUGGUUGGUCUUGAUGCCGCUGGUAAGACCACCAUCCUGUACAAGCUGAAGCUCGGUGAAAUCGUCACCACCAUUCCCACAAUUGGAUUCAACGUCGAGACUGUCGAAUACAAGAACAUUCAGUUCACCGUGUGGGAUGUCGGUGGUCAGGAUAAGAUUCGUCCUCUGUGGCGCCACUACUUCCAGAACACCCAGGGUAUCAUCUUCGUGGUUGACAGCAACGAUCGCGAUCGUAUCGUUGAGGCCCGUGAGGAGUUGCAGCGCAUGUUGAACGAGGAUGAGCUCCGUGACGCUAUGCUUUUGGUAUUCGCCAACAAGCAGGAUCUGCCGAACGCCAUGAGCCCCGCCGAGAUCACGCAGCAGCUUGGUCUUCAGAGCCUUACCCGUCGUGCUUGGUUCAUUCAAUCUACCUGCGCCACCACUGGUGACGGUCUGUACGAGGGUCUGGAGUGGCUCGCUGAUGCGCUCCGGAAAACCAACCGCGAUUAA